AUGGAGAGCGAUGAUAUGAUGCCAAGUGCUGGCCAGCGUCCUACAGACCCGGAUAUCCUUGUCGUGGAGGCGUGGGGACAAGGAUUCCUGGUGGGCUCCCUUGUUGUCAUGAUUGCCAUCACCGCGGCCAACAUGAAAAAAGGGGUGCUCUUGCACAAACUCAUCGUGGCAGAGCUCGCCCUGGCCCUCGGGCAUGGAACGUUCAUCUGUCUCCAUGCACCUGCAUAUGGCUGGUUUCUCUCGGUCACGGCCGUGGGUCUCACAAUUUCGCAUUCCCUCCACAACGUGAUUGCAUGGAUGAAGAUUCGCGGCUUUUUCCCACCCUGGGGCACGCGACU